AUGUCGCGAUCCUCUCUGCUGGUUGGUGCAGCUGCCUUCUCCCCGCUUGCCUUCAUUGCCCCUUCAGUGCAGAAUGCUGUUCCGGAGUCCCGCUUGAACCUGGCAGCGCCAGCACGCAGCGCUCAGAGCAGCAGCAUGGGCACGGCCGUUGUACCGGUGGCAGGAGCGCUGUGCGUUGCAGGGGCGCUUGCCUCACGGAGGGCCUCAAGAGCAAAAGUGCAGCGCAGGGCAGAUGAAGCUUACGGAGCGUCACACACGUCUUUCUACACGGAUGCAGUUGCAAAGGAUAAAUAUGACACUUUGGACGAGGUACUCACCUUGAAGCUGAAGGAUGACAAGUUGAAAGGCAUGGUGAACGAGUUGCUUGAUGCUUGCGUGAAAAUCACCGAGGCUUUGCGUGUGAAGAACCUUGUCACCGUCAAUGAUGCCUCGAACGCUUUCGGAGAUAGACAACUCACUGUUGAUGUCAUUGCCGACAACUUGCUCUGGGAUCUCGCCAAAACCUCCAAGUUUGUGUAUGAAGCCUCGUCAGAAGAGGAGCCAGAAAUUGUGCAGACGAACAACGAUGGCCAGUACGUUUUGUGCUGGGAUCCUCUUGACGGCAGCUCCAUCGUGGACAACAACUGGGCCGUGGGCACAAUUGUGGGAGUCUGGGACAAAUCCACUGGCUUGAUUGGUGCAACUGGUAGGGACCAAGUGAUGAGCCUUGUGGCACUUUAUGGGCCGCGCACGACUGUCUUCCUCACUUUGGAUGAUGGUGUGUACGAGUUCACGCUGGGUGACAGUAAUCAGUGGAUCUGUUCUCGCGACAAGAUCCAAAUCAAGUCAGAUUGCAAGAUUUUCGCCCCCGCCAACAUGAGAGCGGCCCAGGAGGUCGACGGGUACAACAACUUGAUCCAGCACUACAUGACCAACAAGUUUACGCUGCGGUAUACUGGCGGUCUGGUACCGGAUGUGUGCCAGCAGUUCACAAAGGGUCAGGGUGUUUUCACAAACCCAACCUCCAAGGCAUCUCCAGCCAAGCUUCGCUUGGCCUUCGAAGCAGCACCCUUUGGCCGCCUGGUUGAGAUGUCUGGUGGGAAGACCUCAGAUGGUGUCUCCGGAAACUCGGUGCUGGACACGAAGAUCACCGCCGUGGACCAGCGCACUGCCUUGGCCAUUGGCUCCGCCAACGAAGUGGAUCGCUUCAACACCAUGGUCCUGCAGAAGUAA